AUGCCCGCUUUGCUUUCCACAAUAUUCGCCAUUUUCUGCGUCUACUUUGGCUAUCGGCUAGUCAGAUGGCUCUCAGAAAUCGCCCGCAUGAAACGGGUUGCUGCCCUGAUUCCAGGCACCGACGAGGAACUGCCAGGUUUCGGGAUGGCGUUGACAUGGGCUCGAAUGGAUAGCUCUCAGAUCCUGGACUGGGAGUUGGCCACGUCCGAAAAGAUUCAACAACAGGGCCAUAAUGUCAUGAGGGCCAACUUUGCCCACGAGGUCUUUAUCAUCCCGAUAAACGGAGAAGCCAUUAAGCCAAUCAUCGAUUCGAAGGAAGAAAUCACCAAGGGCUUGGGCUACGACGAGAUCAAGGAAUGGCUGGGGUUGGGGCUGCUGUUGAGUGACGGUUCAAAAUGGCAACACCGAAGGAGGCUGAUCACUCCCACUUUUCAUUUCCGGCAUUUGGAGAAUUAUGUGAAGACGUUCAACAAUCAUUCGAAGGUCUUCGCCGAGGUGGUCAGCGAGCUGAACGGCGCAGAAUUCGAUGCCAUGCCGUAUGUGAAGCGUUGCGCCUUGGACGUAAUUUGCGACUCGGCAAUGGGCACUUGCGUCAACGUGCAGCGCAAUCCAUCCCACCCGUUUCUGGUUGCACUCCGUGAUUUUCUCUGGGUCACCACGGAAAAGGCAUUAAAGGCCCAAAACUGGUUCUACCCGUAUUACUACUUCUCUGGGAACAAGAAAACCUAUGAUGUGUCCCUCGACGUUCUUCACACUUUCACUAAAAAAGUGAUUGCCGAGCGGAAAGAAAGGAGAGCGAAAGGCGAUAAGACAACCGGGAAUGAAACGAACUUCUUGGACAUGUUGUUGGAGGUGUACGACGCCGGGGAAAUUGACGAUGAAGGCGUGAGGGAGGAGGUGGAUACCUUUAUGUUUGAAGGCCACGACACUACCUCUUCCGGCGUGGCUUGGGCAGUUUGGUGCCUAGCCAAACACCCGGAAGUACAGCAAAAGUUGUACCAGGAAAUUUGUGAUAUCGCUGGGUCAGGCGAUGAGCCAAUCACCACGGAGCAUCUGAAAGAAAUGACGUAUCUGGAUCAGGUGGUGAAAGAAGUGUUCCGUCUUUACGCCCCAGUUCCCCAAGUGAACAGACGCCUGCAGGGCGAUUUCAAGAGCGGUGACUACAUCUUCCCGAAGGGCGCCAUCGUCACGAUUGCACCAAUUAUUCUGGCCCGAAAUAGGAGUAUCUGGGGAGACGAUGUCCUCAAGUUCGACCCAGAGCGCUUCAGCCCCGAGCGUGAAGUGAAGCGCCAUGCCUUCGAUUAUAUCCCUUUCUCGGCGGGGCCCAGGAAUUGUAUCGGCCAACGCUUCGCCCUCCUCGAGGCCAAAGUGAUGAUCUGCUGGAUGAUUCGAUCAUUUGAACUCUCCGCGACUCGUCCAUUCGAUUCGUUGCGGACCGGCUCCGAGGCUGUGCUCACUCCACUUGACGGCAUCCCAGUUUCUGCGAAGCGCAGAACGACU